AUGUCCACCGGUUCUCUGAGUGAUGCUGAUGAUGCACCGGAAACCUCAUUCGCACGUCUUGAUUCUCACUCUGAAGAUGACUUUAAUGAUGAUGAAGGACUCAACACCAAGCCCAAACGAGCUAACAUGCAAAAGCGAGCAAAAUGCCCAAAAGAUGGACGACAGUCGCAGCGCCACGCAGCAAAUGCACGUGAAAGAGCGAGGAUGAGAGUCCUAGCAAAAGCAUUCUCACGUCUGAAGACAAGUUUACCGUGGGUUCCAGCAGACACCAAGCUGUCCAAACUGGACACACUGAGACUCGCAUCGAGCUACAUCAAUCAUCUCAGACAGCUGCUGCAUGAGGACAAAUAUGAAAAGACCAUCGUCCAUCCGGUAAAUUUGUCAUGGCCUUUCGUGGUUUCAGGAAGACCCGAUGACACAAAAGACAUUUCAACUUUCAGACUGUGUGGAGCUACAGCCUAG